AUCCCCUUGACUUGGGCUUUUUUUUUUUUUUUUCAUGUUCUUUUUUUUAUGCUUUUAAACGCUAUCGUAUGUGGCCACUCUCUUUGAGGGCUUGUCAAAGUGAGGGGCGUCCAAAAAUAGCUGCUUGGCGUACAGUGGAGGACACAAGACGAAGAAGAAGAAGAAGACGAAGAAGAAGAAGAAGGAGGUUGAAUGGCGCCGAGGAGGCUGAGCGGAGCGGCUGACGACAGGACCGAGCUGCCGAGCAUCUGGGAGGCUUUAUUGUAGCACCACUCCGACAUAUCGGCCAGUUUCCAGUCCAUCAUCCGUGGUCGCCUCAUCCUCCUGGUUCCUCUCCCUCCGUCCGUCCGCCAUGUCGCAGGGGCAAAACUUCCUCCCCAAAUUCCUCUUCGUCUCCAACCUCCUGAAGGCGGUGAAGAUCCGCCAGCGGGUGCCCAACGACGUGGUGAAGCCGGCGGCCAGCGACGGCCUCAUGCACCACCUGCGGGGGAUGCACCGCUACACGCUGGAGAUGAUCGCCAUGAACCACUUUCCGCAGGCCUUCCGGGAGGUGGUGCAGGCCGCCAUCUUGGACCGAGCCAUGCAGGCCUCCCUGGAGCAGGAGAAGAAGCUCAACUGGUGCCGGGAGGUGAAGAAGAUGGUGCCCCUACGUACCAACGGAGAUGGCAACUGUUUGCUCCACGCUGCUUCCCAGUACAUGCUGGGGGUCCAGGACACGGAUCUGGUCCUCCGUAAAGCCCUGCACGGCGUUUUGAAAGACACAGACACUGGAGUUUUUCGGGCCCGCUUUCAGGCAGAGCUCCUGCAGUCCCAAGAGUUCACCCAGACAGGCCUCCGAUACACCACCACGAACUGGGAGGACGAGUGGGACAAGGUAGUAAAGAUGGCAUCUCCAGUUUCCAGUAGCAAUGGCCUCCAAUUUGACUCACUGGAGGACAUUCACAUCUUUGUCCUCUCCAACAUCCUCCGCAGACCCAUCAUCGUCAUUGCGGACCAGGUGCUGAGGAGCAUGAAGUCAGGUUCCUCUAUCUCCCCACUCAAUGUGGGUGGGAUCUAUCUGCCACUGCACUGGCCGCCAGCUGAAUGCUACAAAUACCCAAUAGUGCUGGGCUACGACUCGCAGCACUUUGCGCCUCUCAUCACUAUUAAAGACAGCGGCCCUGAGAUCCGAGCCGUGCCACUGAUCAACCCUGGACGAGGAGGCUUUGAGGAGCUUAAGGUGCACUUCUUGAUGGAGAAGGAACAGCAGCAGAAAGAGAGGCUGCUCAAAGAUUACCUGUUGCUGAUGGAGAUCCCCGUCAUCGGUUUGGGAUAUGACGCCACGCGGAUCAUCAACGCUGCCCGGUUGGACGAGGGAAACCUCCCUGAGGACAUGAACCUGAUGGAGGACUACCUGCAGCUGGUCAACCACGAGUAUAAGCGCUGGCAAGAGGACAAGGAGCAAGCAUGGGCUGCUCAGCCGCAGCGCCCGCCGCCCUUUUCCGUUUCGCAGCUCUCACUCAUCGAAAUCCGCUGCGCCACGCCGCGGUGCACCUUCUACGUUUCGGUGGACACGCAGCCUCACUGCCACGAGUGCUUCGAGAAGCGGCAGGCCACCACGGGCGGCGGAGGAGCCCGGAUAGAAGGCCUGGUACAGACCAAGGCAGCUGGUGUCCAAGGCGGGCUGGACAACGAGGGGAGCUCCAGAGGAGGCCGAAGCGGCAGCCCCCCAUCCUCCUCGUCGAGUCGGGUGGUGUUGUCGAGCCCGCGCUCUGCGCCACCCCCCACAGCUCCUAGUCUCAGCUUGUACAGCGAAACCCACGCCAUGAAGUGCAAGACACCCGGGUGCCUUUUCACCCUAAGCGUGGAGCACGACGGACUUUGCGAGCGCUGUUUCAAUUCUAGGCAGAACCAGGGACCUCCUGGAGCCGGAACAGCUUCCGCGGGACUCCCGGGCCCCGAAGCAAGGGCCGUAGCCCCUCAUGCGGCGCAAGGACCUGGCUGGAGCCAGUGGGGGGGCCGCGAGACCGAGACGGAGCGCUGCAGCAUGUGCAGGCAGGAAGCUUUUAGGAUAUUCAAUGGGCUGUGUCCACCCUGCAUGCAGAGACAGCAGGGUCCAGACAGGUGCGAAGCACCGCAAAACAAGCCAAGGACUGAGGCCGCGUCUUCAGCUUGGAGUCAAGCAAGGGACCCUGAGCGGCCUUGCCUCAACUUAACCCCAGGGCACACCUCCGCCUGGCAGGCCCCUUUAGCCCGGCCCUGUAAAAGAUCGGGCUGCCAGUUCUUUGGGACGCCGGAGAAGUUUGGUUUCUGCACUAUUUGCUACGUAGACUAUCAGACCAACCACCACAUGACACCUCCCCCGGCCCCGGCCCAGAGUCGGCACGGUUUGGAGGCCAGCUUCCAGAAUGCGACGCGCUGUCGUGGACCGGGCUGCGGGGCGGUCGGCAAGGCCAUGCUGGAGGGUUACUGCGACAAGUGCUACGUCAAGGAGCAGAGUGCACGGCUCAACCAAGUGGUGAACCACACACCGCACUCCCCUCCUCCCGUCAUGCGUGACCGAGCGACCAAACCCCGAUCCACGCAGCAAAUCCAGACCCAGACCCAGACCCAAAUCCAGACCCAGACCCAAACACAGACCCAGACCCAGUGCCGGCGGAGCGGCUGCAGCAACGUGUCCCCGGGCUGCACGGACCUCUGCCCCGAGUGCCACACGCGGGGCCAGGGCCGGGAAGCGGGCAGGCGGGCGCAGGCGCCCAAGGAGAAGUCCAAGCAGCGGUGCCGGACGCAGGGCUGCGACCACUACGCCAACCAAGAGAAACAGGGCUACUGUAACGAGUGCGACCACUUCAAACAGAUUUACCGCGGCUAAUCGCGCGGCGCGACACUGACAUUCGCUAGCAUGCUAGCACGCCCCGCUGCCAGGCGCACCGUGCCAGUCAAUGCAUCUCUGAUACUAACUAACCAACUUACUAACUAGCUAGUGACUAACUAGUAACCUUAUGGCCUGAAAAUCACUCCCCUGUCCCCCAUGUAGAAUGUGAAGCGAGAGUGUGUGCACGUGGGGGAAGUGAAUGUGAGCGCGCGUGUGUGUUUGCAGUAGACAUGGCCUCCAGAAUACCUCUUUGUGCAAUUACUAUCAUCCGACAAGCGGCGUGCACUUAACACGGCGAGAGGUUUGGGCGACGUGUCAGCGGAGCGAGCGACUUGUGUACAAAAUGUAUUUAGAGGUACGCGCUGACUCGCGCCGGACACAACGAUUGUACGUCGACGUAACGAGAAGUAUCGGACUUUUUGCUUUCUAGACCACAGCCAAGGAUCGUCUGUCUGUCCUCCGUCUGUUUCUACCUGUCCGUGCCUGUCUGUUUUGCAUUUGUUCUUGGGGACGCCCUGCAACAAAUCUGUGCAAGUUAAAAGCCCCCCUCCUACCCCAAAUACUAAUUGGUGACGAUUAUUAGUUAGCAUGCACCCCUCGCCCUCCGAGUCCUUCUUGUCCUUGCAAAAUAACUUUGCCAAAAAGCUCUUACAAUCAGUAUCGCGUGAUAACAGAACUACCUUCCAUUAGUCAGUGUUUCUUUCAAAAGGCCUCCCUAUUUUUUCCUGUUUAUAUUGAAUUCACAUUGCCUUUGUCCAAACGUACAUGGGAUAUAUUAAGGGUCUACAGAAAUGCACUUUUUUGGAAAACUUUGACCAGGGUAGAGACUCGCCGAACCUCAGCAUGUGCAGUUUGGCUCGUCUCCUUUGUAUGAUGUCACAGCGUGUGCCGUUCCGGUUUUGUAUUGAUGUACUUUCCCCACUAUGAUGAAGAGGGGAGUUGUUCCAUUGGACGAAACAUUCUUUUGAAAUGCACUUGGCGAGGAAGGGUAUGGGGGCCGAGGGGGGAAUAUACAAAAAAAACAAAAAACAUUGGUACCUCUGUUUUCGUUAUACCGUUCCAAAGGGUCUGUUGAAAACCAAAACAAUGCAAAAUCCAAUUAAUCCAUUCCAGACCCUCAAAAAUGUUAACGCAAAACACUUUUUUAUGUCAAAUAAUUAUAGUUUACAUGCAUACAUCGAUUUUUCUAUCAACUACAUUUUUGUCACUGAAAUGUUUUUAGCGUCACUGAUGAAAUUACCAAUCUAUUAGAAGCAAAACCAAAAGAGGAUGUGAGGCUUUCAAGUCCAAGGUUUCAAAACCGUUUUCAAACCAGUUGUGCAUAAAGAUGGAGAACUCUUAACUAGUAGCACCAACUGUUUUUGUGACAGUCCAAAUUAGGGCUGUGAAUCUUUGGGCACCACACGGUUUAAUUCGAUUCUUGGGGUAACGAUUCGAUUCAUAAUCGAUUCUCUAUUCAAAAUCAAUAGUUUUUACAUUGGGUGCUAGUUCUAUGAUUAACUACAUUCCUCCAUAAAAUGGACAAACAGCUCUGAUAAAUUUCUAUAUUACUUUAAAAAAUAUGUUGUUUUUAAAAAUAAAAAAAAUGAUAUCCAAACAUUUAAUAAUGUCUAUUACUGAUAAAGCAGAAUAACUUUAGUUUUUUUAAGUCCGUAACAGAAAAGAUUUGAAGCUCAUCAAUUUGCCUGAAAAAAAAUACAUUUAAUCCUUGUUUAAAUUCCCAAAAAAUUUUGACCGGCUUGAAACAUUUUAUUCUGAAAAAUAUAAACUAAAAGAAUAAUGCAAUUAUAGAAAUUUAUAAUAAAUUAUAAUUCAUCAGCACAAUAUAUAAACAAUUUGAACCUACAAAAGAGAAAUAAAACAAUUUGUGCUGAUUAUAUAUAUAUUUUUAAAGCAAAAUAAGGAAGUCAGGAUUAAAGGCUAUGUUUUGAAGCAUGAUACUGAUAAAGCAUGUUCCCCGGGGUCAUACUAUUUGCAAAAGGACUGGAUUCAAUUUAUUAGACUAAUCCUCAUUUGCCUCCGUGGUGAGUUAUUUUGCAGGCGUACUCCAUAACAGGAAACCACAGAGUCGGCAUAAGAUAAGUCAUACUAAAACCAAAUCAUUCUAAAAAAGGGCGGUUAUGAAAACCGAGGUACCACUGAACAUGUAUGUUUGGACUUAGCCUACACGUGUUUAAACAGUGCAAGACAGACAGGGCAGGCCCCUGCUGCUUUUGGUGCUACAUGCACAGAGAGCCUCUCCAUUGUAGCCAACAUGCUGGCAGUCACACACAACAACACACACACACACACACACACACAUAUAUAUAGUGGAGACCGCAUUUAGCUUACAGCAUUUCUUUUUUCCUAGCCAGCUUUCCUUGCUUUUUAACAAAUCAGUUGCCUUGGAUGUUGCUUUUCCUCUUUACGGACCACUUCAGCACCUAGAAACUCCCACACAAAAAGUGGUUCCAGUCUUGCCCGCAGACUGGGACGUGAUCCACCUUACUACCAAUUGCACACACAGCACAUGGAAAUCCAGCGCCGGGGUUUGUUGUCAAUGCCGUGUCCCAGCCGGAGGUGGGCUUCUUCAACGGCCGGGCCACGGCGACAACUUUUCCCGUGAGCAGGCAACCUUAUGAUGGCCCGCUCUGGCACAUGUCAUCACUCUGAAUGUGUUUGUGCUGCUGCUGCUGCAACAGCACAGUAUUGUAUCGGGGCUGAUCCUCCAUACAUUUUGCCUUUAAGACGGACCAUAGGGACAUGAUUGCUUGAUCACUGCUCCCGCUUCUUCUUAUUAUUAUUAUUAUUAGUACUCUUCUUCUAAAAUGCAUUUGUGAAUAUGGAUCUCGGUCCGUGUUGUAGGACCUUUCCGACCUGAUGCCUCAUCUUUAAACACACACACACACACACACACACACACACACGUGCGCGUCUCAAAUGGAACAUUCCUGUUUUAUUUUUUUACUAGGGUUUCCAGAUGUAUUUUAAUAGCUUUCUCUUUUUUUGUUUUUUUGCCAAAAUAAUGUACAUGUGCCAUCAAAACGCCAAACAGUUGUUGUUAUACCUCUUUUAAAAAAUGGCCGCCAGCGUGACGCAGAUAGACAUUGCACCGUUUUUUGUGAUGAUUACGGUGGAGCCUCUGAAGUCGAGCACCCAAUUUGGAGUUAAACAACAACAACAGACUCAGUGAAUCUGGUUAGUAGGGGUGUGAAUCUUUAGGCACCAAUUAACUCAACAAUUAAUUCCGAGUCCUGGGGUGAGGAUUCGAAUCAACACGAUUCUCAAUUGAAACCGAUUCUCGCAAUGUAUUAUUUGGUAUAAUAAUUAUAAUGAAACUUUUAAAAAUAGGUUACAGCUUAGAAAAGCUCCUUCUGGUUGCAUGGAGAUGCCUAAAAACAUAUUUUUGAUAUUUCUUUAUAAAUAUAUAUAUAUAUAUAUAUAUAUAUAUGCAGAAGUAUAUAUGUACAGUAUAUAUGUGUAUAUAUUUUAAAUGUGUGUAUGUAUAUGCAUGUGUGUAUAUAUGCAUGCAUGUGUGUAUAUAUGCAUGCAUGUGUGUAUAUAUGCGUAUAUGUACAUAUAUGUGUAUGUGUAUAUAUAUGUAUGCGUAUAUGUACAUAUGUGUAUAAAUGUAUGCGUAUAUGUACAUGUGUAUAAAUGUUUGCGUAUAUGUACAUGUGUAUGUGUAUAUGUACAUAUGUGUAUAUAUGUAUGCGUAUAUGUACACGUGUAUAUAUAUGUAUGCCUAUAUGUACAUAUAUGUACAUAUGUAUAUAUAUAUGUAUGCGUGUAUGUAC